AUGAUACCUCACACAGACGACUACUGGAAAACGACAGAGGCAGAAGAACGCUCCUACUAUUCCUACCAACAACCACCCUCACACCACUCAGAGCACAGCUCAGCUUUUGAACGACACCCAGCUUAUCAAGACUUUGAGCCUCCGAGGUAUCGUCAACCUGCUCCUCGGAGCUAUCCCCAACCGCACCAGCAAUAUCAGCCGGCGAGCUGGUACGAUCAUUCCUACCACCAACAUCACCGCUCCUAUUACCAGCAUGCCCAUCCACCCGCCUUCAAUCAAGCGCACCAUCCGGAGACACACGAUCCUUCGUUGCAGUCGUCCCCGCCGGAGGUAGUGUACCUACAACGUGAUCGCAGCUCAUCGCCUGGCUUGGUGUUUGAAAUAAAGGGUACCGACGUCCUCUGUGGUCGCGGCGCCCCUACAAACUGGCAUGAAGGCAAUCAAUACUUUCGUCAGCUAGUCAACAAACACCAGGCAGCCUACUUGGCGGCAAAGCGUGUCGAGAAACCGGAAAUUGCCAUACUCAUCGUGCAAUUGGUCAAAGAGCGUGGCGGCCGCUUCCUGAAACGUACCAAACGCCCAGGGCUUGGUCCGAGCGGGCACUUUGGCUGGCAAGAGAUUGAUGAGCACCGUGCCUACGAAAAGGUCUGCCAAGCUUUGCGCGAGGGUGCCCCAGAUCUUCGUCGCAAACUGGCCGUGAAGAAAUUUUCCUCCCCUUGCGUGGGCGAACGCGGCGGAGAUGAGCAUACAAGGGAGCACUCAGCUGAGGUGUAGGGGACUAGACUCAUUUCGGGACGCUUAAACGGGAAAACAGACUACUGCUGAUUAUUCAAAAAACUCUUGACCGCAGUCAGUAAAAUAAACUGGUCACCAGUAAUUUCAGCCAACCGUUAUUUUUUUCU